GAUAAUCAACAAUAUCGAAGGUUUCCUUUUCAAUUUAUCCCCAUCUUCACAUUCUUCGAAUCUGUUCAAUCGAAGCCUCUAACCCUAACCCUGUCUCGAUUUUGCUGCGUUCAAGAUUUUCUGUGCGCCGCAAGCCUCAUCGAUCGGAUUAAUUGGUUCAGUCAUCGUCCUCCGCGGCAAAUUCAGGCUCUGAGGACGCCCGUCUCAAGCAGCGCGUUAGGGUUCGCGCAGAAUCGGCCUUCUCCUGGGUACGAAUGGUUCGUGAAGAUUAAAGUCGAUUCCGCAGCGGGCAAAAGGUCGUCACUUCAGCAAUCCGGCUGCCGCGACCUUCCUUCUCAAGCAAGGACGUGGCUUUUCCUUUGAUCUGUCUGUUUCUGGAAGAUCCCGUGGCUUGGUUUCAUUGCUCUGCGGCGUGGAGUUUCAAGGCAAUUCUCUGAUCGGAUCAACCAUAGAAAUCGGCGACAAUUCUUUUCUUGAAUAUGUCUGACGAGUCAGAAUAGGCUCUGGAUGCACUUUUUCCCACACAGGCUGCUCCAGUUUGGUUUGAUCGAUCAUCUUCAGUUAUCCAAAGAAAACAGAGAGUAGUUUUUUUCCGGAAUUUUUGUUGUACUUGUGAUCAAUUCUAGGUUGAGUUUGAUACCAGGCCUAUAUUUUUACUUAUUCGAAGGCCUUUUUUGAAUUUCUGUUGUUGACUUUCUGUGAGGUGAAAGAGAAAAAUUAAGAAAAAGAAAUAUGGCGGUGUAUUUUAAGUUUAAAAGUGCAAAGGAUUUUGAUUCAGUUCCAAUUGAUGGACACUUUAUUUCUGUUCUGAAUUUGAAAGAAAAAAUAUUCGAAUCCAAGCAUUUGGGAAGGGGUACAGAUUUUGACCUAGUUGUCACCAACGCCCAGACUAAUGAAGAAUAUCUUGAUGAAGCCGCAUUGAUUCCAAAAAAUACUAGUGUUUUAAUACGUCGAGUUCCUGGACAACCUCGCAAGCCCAUAGUUACAGCACCGGUUACUGAACUAGAGGAGCCCAAGGAUGAGAAUAUGUAUGAGGAGGCUGAACCGGUAAAAAGUGGUCUUGUGGGAGCUGAAACUUGUACAAAUAAUUAUUCUGAAGACUUGGAUUGGGAUGAGUUUGGCAAUGAUUUGUAUGCAAUUCCCGAUACCAUACCCUUUCAGUCCAACAACCUUGUCCAUGAGGCUCCACCUUCUAGUAAAGCUGAUGAAGAAAGCAAGAUCAAAGCUCUAAUUGACACACCUGCUUUAGAUUGGCAGCAGCAACCUGCUGAUGGCUUCGGUGCUGGUAGAGGUUAUGGGCGUGGUCCAGGACAUUUUAUUCAACAUUGUCCUACAAAUGGUGACCCCAACUAUGAUGUCAGGAGGGUGAAGCCUCCAACUGGUAUUCCCAAGUCUAUGCUAGUGACUACCCCAGAUGGUUCAUAUGCUUUACCAAGUGGGGCUAGUGCUGUUAUGAAGCCUAAUGAGGCUGCCUUUGAUAAAGAAGUUGAAUGCAUGCCUUCUACACGUUCUGUAGGCGAGCUUCCACCUGAACUCCAUUGUCCUUUGUGUAAAGAAGUCAUGAAAGAUGCGGUCCUUACUAGCAAGUGUUGCUUCAAGAGUUUCUGUGACAAAUGUAUAAGAGAUUACAUCAUAUCUAAGUUGAUGUGUGUAUGUGGAGCCACAAAUGUGCUUGCGGAUGAUCUCUUGCCCAACAAGACUCUAAGAGACACCAUCAAUCGUAUCCUCGAGUCCAAUAACAGCAGUGAACAUGGGGGCAGUACCCUUCAAGUUCAAGAUAUGGAGUCUGCCCGGACUCCGCAUCCCAGGAUUCCAUCCCCUUCACAAUCUGCUGCUUCCAGAGGAGAGAAACUGCCCCCACCAUCUCUUCAGAAAGAAGAGAGUUCGAAGGCACAAGAGGGAAUCCAAGAGGUAAAGGUGGACGCUGCUCUACAACAGGUGUUGGAGAAAGAGAAGACAUUAAAAGUGGCUGAUGUUUCAGAAGCCACACAUGAGUCAAUUAGUGCGAGGGAACAGACUUCUCAGGGAAGUGCUCCACUGGUUGAUGAAGAAGUCCAGCAGAAGCAAGCUGCUUCUGAUGCUGCUGCAGACAUGCAGUGGAGAGCAUCCCAUGACAUGGCAGCCGAGAAUUAUAUGAUGCCUAUGGGCCCUACGUAUAAUCCAUAUUGGACAGGAAUGCAACCUGGAAUGGAAGGGUUUGGAGGCCCAUUUCCCGGUCCAGUGCCAUUGAUGAAUCAUGGUUUUGGUCCAUUCGAUGUCGCGUUUGGUCCAAUGAUUCCGCCACCGAAUCCAUUUGGAGCACAAAGUUGCAUGUUACCUCCUUUUUGCCCUCCUCAAAGAGAUCUUGCUGAUUUUGCAAUGGGAUUUAACAACGGCCCUCCAGGAGGAUUUAACAAUGGCCCUCCAAUUAUGAGCCGAGAAGAAUUUGAAGCAAGAAAAGCGGAUUUGAAGAGGAAGCGUGAGCUUGAGAUGCGUAGGGACAGGAUAUCAAAAGAUCCAGAGUUCACUAGGGAAGUUAGCAGCAAAGAUGAUAAAAAGGCUAAAAAGAGCGUGUUUUCCCGCAUCUGCUUCCCUGAGGGAGAAGAAGCCGAAGCAGCAGCAGCUUCUUCCAAGAAGCGAAAAUCUCUGUCCUCCCACGAACCACCACUCGCCGCCAGUGCUCCCACCACGAGUCACACCAGCAAACCCAACGGGCAUCUCGAAGACCCAAAAACUCUGGGGUCCUCGUCAAGGUCAAGGAAGACCACUGCCAGCGUUGCUACUGACUAUGAGAGCAGUGACGAUGAACGCCAUUUCAAGAGGCGGCCAUCGUCCAGAUAUGAGUCAUCACCUCCUCCACCACCGCAUGGUGGCAGCAGUUUUCGCAGCAAGCAUAGAUGAGAUAGUUUGCCAGCCAGGAGGGAUAAAUAGAGAGAGAGAAGAAGAGUCUUGUAAUGAAGUUUGGAGCUCUUU